AUGUCCUUCGAAAUCCCCGACACCCAAUGGGCACAAGUCGUCGAAAAGAUCGGGGGACCACCAGUGUACAAACAAAUCCCCGUUCCCAAACCAGGUCCCGAUGAAGUCCUCGUAAAGAUGAAGUACACCGGUGUAUGCCACACCGACCUGCACGCCAUGAACGGCGACUGGCCUCUCGAAGUGAAGAAGAACCUCGUUGGAGGCCACGAAGGCGCCGGAAUUGUUGUCGCAAAGGGAGCUCUCGCGCAUGGUAUCGAAAUCGGCGACCAUGCAGGUAUCAAAUGGCUCAAUGGAUCCUGUCUCCAAUGCGAGUUCUGCAAGACCGCCGAUGAGCCUCUUUGCCUCGAGGCACAGUUAUCCGGAUACACGGUUGACGGGACCUUCCAGCAGUACACGAUUGGUAAGGCGGCCCACGUCUUGAAGCUGGCGAAGGAAAUCCCGCUCGAUGCUGUUGCGCCUAUUCUGUGUGCUGGUAUUACUGUCUAUAAGGGUCUCAAGGAGGCUGGUGUGCGCCCUGGUCAGACCGUUGCUAUUGUUGGUGCUGGUGGUGGUCUUGGCUCUCUUGGAACGCAGUAUGCUAAGGCUAUGGGCUUGCGUGUUGUUGCUAUCGAUGGUGGCGAGGAGAAGAAGGCUAUGUGUGAGCAGCUCGGUGCAGAGGUCUACGUUGACUUCACCAAGUCUACCGAUCUCGUUGCAGAUGUCAAGGCUGCUACUCCCGGUGGUCUAGGUGCCCACGCCGUGCUCUUGCUUGCUGUCUCCGAAAAGCCUUUCCAGCAGGCUGUGGAAUACGCUCGCUCUCGUGGUACUAUCAUUGCCAUUGGUCUUCCCGCCAAUGCGUUCCUCAAGGCCCCUGUUUUCGAAACUGUUGUCAAAAUGGUCACAAUUAGGGGCAGCUAUGUCGGCAACCGCCAGGAUGGUGUUGAGGCCGUUGAAUUCUUUGAACGUGGCUUGAUCAACGCUCCCUUUAAGACGGUUCCUCUACAGAAGCUGCCUGAGGUGUUCGAGCUCAUGAAGCAAGGCAAGAUCGCUGGCCGCUAUGUUCUCGAGAUCCCUGAAUAG